GAGCAGCAUGCGCCAAUUGUCGCUCAUUUUAUUAUCCCUCAUAUUCCCAAUGCAGGGUGAGUGCUCGCUUAUGCCCAUCUCUACUCGGUGUUGAGGUAAUCUCUGACACGAGAGCUUCCGAAUAGUCAUUGGGAACGGACCCCCUUCUUCCUUCGUUGAUACCGAAAAUGUCAUUCUCUCCCCAAGCACAAGCGCUCCCGAAAUCACUUCCGCCCAAAUCACCUCGGAUAUCCUUUCCGAAACGCUACCAGAAUCAGCAUCCUCGGCGGUCAUAACUAGCGCUGCUGAAAUCACCUCUGCUCCCAUCACUUCAGUUGCUGCUGCAGUAACAUCUGCUUCAGAAAUCAUCAAUGACUGUCCGGAUGAAUCUUCAGCGGUUGUCGUCAGCACCGAGCCGUACGUCACCUCCAUCCCACAAGAAUCCUCCACCAUCUCGGAGCUGGAUGGUGGUGCAGAAGAGUCUGAAUCAGUUUCCGACUCUGGCUCUCAGGGGGCCUCGGUCACUGUAACCUCUGCUGCAGCAGCGGCGACCUCGAUUUCCGCUUCAGAUGGGAUUGAGGAUCCUGAUGAGAGCUCAGGUGUGAGCUCAGGUGUAUCUGUGACGAGUGAAAUUGGGAAGGGAGCUUUCGCAAGUGUGACGGACGGUUCGCAGGUCGCUACAUCAGAUUCAGUGUCGGUCAGUUCUACAGCAGGAUCGGUUACUGCUUCGGCUACUGUGGAAGACCAAUCUGCCUCCGUCUCCGCCUCUACCACUGCUAGCUCCCCCUCUUCCUCUACCCCCGUUUCUGCCCUCGUCGGCUCUGAUGGGGUCGCAAAAUGUACAGACUAUAAAUGCAACUCCGGCGCAGAUUGGCUCGUUUCUGCUCUCUGCGCCAUCUCGAAAUGCAACCAUAUGUGGCCCCUCUCGCUUGUAUCGGACAUGCAAGGCGACUUGUACGACACGACUGGCGCGACCUUCACAGUUUGGUCCGCACCCCUUCAACCAAAUGCGUCAGUCAUCACCUUUGACCAGGCGAACACUGCUUUAGCAGAUAACUCCGCUGAGGGAGGCUGGCUGGGAGGGGCAAUUGAUGUGGCCAUAGAGAAAAUGGGUGGCGACGGAGUUUAUUACACUACGGAUGGAGAGGGAGGAUAUGAAGGAAAGAUUUUGAUGCCAAGCAAGACAGAGACAAAUCGUACGAGGGUGGAGGAGGCAGGAAUGUGGGCAUUGGUUUACUUGACGGGGCAGUAUGCUGUGAGGGAAAGUAUUCCGGACGAUGAUGCGACAUGGUUGAACUUUAUGCAAAAAGUAGAUGGGUCGCCAGUUCUCAUCUACACAACAGAUACACCCGAUUCAUCUCUCACCAAAGACCAGUACUAUACCGUCAACACCAUUACUAAUAAAUCAAACGUGACAUUAUGGGACCCAUACGGAGAGGGGAUGAAUGCGUACAAGUAUAUCGAUAUCACCGCUCUCAAGACCAGCUCAAAAUGGAUAUACCAUCUAGACUGGCCCCAUUUCCUCCGGCAAAAUGAUGAUUAAGAGCUGAUGAGAGACCAAGGGAGAGUAACAAUGUUCCAAGAUGUUUGUGUUAUCCUUAUUGGCCUUGAAAAUCGACUUUAUAUAACACGCUUGUGACUCAAUGAGUCGUCUAUACCUUUACUCUGGCCCGAGCAUGAAAACUUCUCUUUGUGACAUAUAAGAUAAUUUGAGCCACUCAAUUUAUCACGGGAGCCAUACGGUCGAGUCGUGCUAUCGUCAGACGUUUUAGUAACAAGCGAUUUUUUUUCCCUUUCUGAGCACUUUACAUCUCUCGUUUUCAUUGCCGUCGUUCUUCAUUAUACUUCAUCCUAGAGCUUUCGAAUCAGUACAGUUUAGUAAACAGUGAUGAAUGGUUUUUUAUUCUG